AUGUCAUUAAAAAUUGUUCAAUCCUCAGGCUGUAAAGGCAUAAUCGUUACAAUGGGAAAGAAAUGCAAGUGCAACUGCAGUUGCAACCGACCAUCGGAGAAUAACUUCAACGAAAAAAGCUCACAACUUUUAGUCAAUAAAGAGAAAACGAAGUCGUACCAGAUGAUUGUGGGCAGUAAAGACUUGGAAGCAUUCCAGCAGGAAGAAACAAAAGACAACAAGCAAGUGAACUAUAUCGUCAUAUCCAAUAAAGAUAGCAACACCAACAACAUCAGCCAGGAUUACAAACAUUUCAAUCCUCUUCCAAAUGAUAUUAUCAUCAGUGGCCAGGAAGAAUUCGACAUAAGAGACCACUCAACUUUUUUCAAAAAUGAAAUAGAGCACGAGGAGACAAAAAAUACUCCCUAUGCAAAUUUAAAUUCUUAUAAAAUUCCCUCAGACAAACUAGCUAAUAAAGAAGACAAGACAUUAAGUUCAAAUGGCGGAGUUGUUCCUGUAGAUAAACGCUCAAAACGUGAUCAUGUUAUUUGUAACGAUGACAAUAACACUAAUACGCACAUAAAUUUUCCACAAUCUGCUAACAAUCGCUUUGUUAUUCACAACAACAGCAGCGUAGAAAAAACCAUCAAAAACACAGGCAGACCCAGCAACAAAAUGACAUCAACUUCCAAAGGCGAAUUCUGCAACCAACGUUCAUACAUCGGCAAUGGAAACGGUAAUAGAAACAAUUCUAAGGCAAUUUGUAAUGAAAUCUGUAAUAAAGAUAAAAAUAAUGGUAAUCGUGGUAUCAAUUGUAACAGUGCUAUUGGUGUUGGUGGUUGUUGUAGUGAUAACUGUAGCAGUAACUACCGGAACGUAAAUAGUUAUUACAAAAGAAACAAGAGUGCUGAUAAAACUGAUAGCCCUAACUUCAAGAUGCUCAACAAGAGCUCAAAUAUUUCUACCUUAACCAAUAAUGACGACAACGAUAGAGUUUCAAGUGAUGACCGCAAUAAUAACGUUGCGAGAAAUGAGAUCGAAGCUAACCUUAGUUGUAACUGGCAAAAUAAAAGUAAUCUCAUUAAACGUUGUGUCAGACAUAAUAUUAAUGAUGAUAAUAAUAAUAAUAACAAUAAUAAUAAUAAUAAUAAUCAAAAUAGUAAUUCAAGGAAUCGUCAUAAUGAAAACAUUCUAAGUAACUAUAGGGAUAAUGGCCAUGAUGAUGAUGAUGAUGAUGAUGAUGAUGAUGAUGAUGAUGAUGAUGAUGAUGAUAAUGAUAAUGACAGCGAUGAGGAUGAUGAUGAAGAAGAGGAUGAUGGUAACGACGAUGAUGAUGAUGGUGCUGAUGAUGAUGAUGACGACGAUGGUGGACAUGAGAAUGAACUUGAAAAUGAUGGAGGUGGAAAGAAUGGAGAUUAUGUCAACAAUCCUGAAAUUGACGACAUGAACAUUCCUAAAAGUGUUGAUUACAUCAACAGUAUCGAAUAUGAAAAAUUCAAAAGAAACAAUAGUAGUAAUAAAAAAUUUGAUCAGAACAACGACGAUAAACUCACAUCCGGUGCUGAUGAUGAUGAUGACGACGAUGGUGGACAUGAGAAUGAACAUGAAAAUGAUGGAGGUGGAAAGAAUGGAGAUUGUGUCAACAAUCCUGAAAUUGACGACAUGAACAUUCCUAAAAGUGUUGAUUACAUCAACAGUAUCGAAUAUGAAAAAUUCAAAAGAAACAAUAGUAGUAAUAAAAAAAUUGAUCAGAACAACGACGAUAAACUCACAUCCGGUGCUAGAAAAGGAGCCAGCGAUACUGAUAUUUUUAUUAAAACUGAUGGCGUUCCUACCAGCCGAAAUAUUAAAAAUGAAUACAUUAACGGUAACGUAAUUAACUAUGGCAGCAGCGUAAAUAGCAGCAGCGUAAGUAGCAGCAGCAAAGGCAACUUAAUUAACUCAAAUAAUGUUAACAAAACAACGGUAAAUAACGCUGGAAAUAACAAUAACAACAAUAGAAGCAAUGCUACUACCACUACAAAUAUUACUACUACUACUAAUACUACUACUAAUACUACUACUACUAAUAAUAAUAACAACAAUAAUUUUAAUAAUAAUAAUAACUAUGGCGGUAGUAACAAGCUAAAUGCCAAUGCUACUAACGCAAGAAAUAGCCUCUAUAUAAACGGCUACAAGAUAUUUGAUCUGGACCAGAAUGGAGCACAUAUAUUGAUGGCAUCACUGCCCACAGGUCAAUUCCUCUUUAGGGCCUCAAAAAGUGUGCCGAACAGCCUUUACCUCUGCGUGCGAUCUGGAAUCGCUGGAAGGAUCAAACAGAUUCCCAUCAAACAGAUCUCAGACGGUUCCUACAUAUGCGAAAAUAUAAGCCACAAUUCAUUGGAAACCAUUGUAGAACAUUUCGUUCUGAUAGGACAAAUCACCAGUAGGAAUGGAACUGUUAGACUUUAGACUCCAUCGGGCGUCAUUUUUCUUUAAGUUGUAUUCUUGUUAAUGAUGUGCUAGGUAAUUAAUGCCUUUGCAGAUGCAAUUAUGAUCGUAAAUUUAUUCAAUGCUAAUAUUUCUCUAGCUUUAACGACUUAUUCAUUGUUUUCAAUCAGUGUCAUAAUAUGAACAUUUUAUUAUAACAAAACAAUUAAAAUUUUCAAUUAAUCAUUUAAUUGUUUGUAUGACUCUUAUUAACACAAAUUUGUUGUUUUGAUAGUUUAACAAUACUUUCAUUUGUCCCUUCUGUCAGCAAUACAAAGUUAAUAAAGUUGGACUGUUUUACUUCAAGCGAAUUGAAAAAAAUUUAACUAAAUUUAUUUUUCUGAAUAUUUUCUUACAGGGUUU